AUGUCUGCAGCGGAUCUUGGCAUCGCACUUGCCCCGUCCGACUGCACCACAAUAUCGUUGAAUUUGCCUUACUUCCCUGUCUCGAAGAAGGCUCUUCAUCAACACCACCGUCAACUUAUCAGCCAUCGCAGCAAGAUGGUCAACCUCACCACCCAGAAGCGCCUCGCUGCGUCUGUCGUGGGAUGCGGCAAGCGCAAGAUUUGGCUCGAUCCUAACGAGGUCAACGAGAUCUCCAACGCCAACUCCCGACAGACGAUCCGAAAGUUGGUUAGCGAUGGACUUAUCAUCCGCAAGCCUGUUGCCGUUCACUCCCGAGCCCGUGCCAGAGAAUUGAAUGCCGCUCGACGAAUUGGCAGACACCGUGGUUUCGGUAAGAGAAAGGGUACAUCUGAUGCAAGAAUGCCUAGCCAAGUCCUAUGGAUGAGACGCCUCCGAGUCCUCCGACGCCUUCUUGUCAAGUACCGUGCUGCAGGAAAGAUCGACAAACAUCUGUACCACAACCUCUAUCAACUCAGCAAGGGUAACACCUUCAAGCACAAGCGUGCUCUGGUCGAACAUAUCCACAAGGCCAAGGCUGAGAAGACCCGUGAGAGACUCCUGAAGGAGGAUAUGGAUGCCAGACGUGCAAAGGUCAAGGCUGCUCGUGAGAGAAAGCAAGAACGCCAGCAGAUCAAGCAGAGACAAUUGGCCGGUGAGGAUGAAGAGGAAGAGACCAAGGAGUAG